UCUCUGCUCUGCAGGGGGGUUCUGGGUCCGUCCGGCGGCUCCGUCCGGGUCAACAAGCUUCAUGGACAACAGAACUAUAUGAGCUCCUUCGCUCACGGCAUCCAAUCACAGGUCCUGUCCCACUGGACCGCCUCCUUCAGCCUCACCAAGCCUGUUAGUGUCCCACUGGAGUUGACCAGUGAAACCAUUGCCACCGCUCUGCCUGGAGCUCUAAAGCCAGCAAAGAAACUGAAGAAGCCAUCAGUGAAGAAAGCUCUGAAAGGUGGAAAUAAAGACUGUCAGAUGGAUAUCGCCAUGGUGAUCGACAGCAGUAAAAACAUCGGGCAGCGGAGGUUCAACCUGCAGAAAAACUUAGUCAGCAAACUGGCGGCCAUGUUGAAAGUCGGACCAAUGGGACCGCACGUAGGAUUGAUCCAGGCCAGUGAUUCUCCGAGGACCGAGUUCUUACUGACCAACUACACUCAGCCUAAAGAGCUGCUGUUUGCCAUCAAAGAGCUGGCUUACCUGGGAGGAGACACCAACACAGGUAAGGCCAUCAUGCACACAGCGGAGACGUUCUUCAGCCCGGAGAACGGGGCGCGGCGGGGUCACCCUCGGGUCAUGAUGGUGCUGGUGGACGGCUGGCCUUCAGAUGAGCUGGAGCAGGCGGCCAUGUUGGCCAGAGAGUCCGGGAUCAACGUCUUCCUGGUGUCCGUGGCCAGACCCGCGGCCGAGGAGCUCGCCAUGGUGCGGGACAAGGACUUCAUGAAGAAGGCGGUGUGCAAAGACAACGGUUUCUUCAGUUAUUUGAUCACCAGCUGGUUCAGCACCACCAAACACGUGAAACCUCUCGCUCAGAAGCUCUGCUCGCUGGACAGCCUGCUCUGCAGUAAAACCUGCUACAACUCAGUGAACAUCGGGUUCCUUAUCGACGGUUCUUCCAGCGUCGGACAUUCAAACUUCCAGCUCGUCCUGGACUUCCUGGAAGGAAUCGCCAGAAGCUUUGAAAUCUCAGACGUGGGAGCUCACGUUGGUGCAGUGCAGUUCACCUACGAUCAGCGGUUGGAGUUCGGCCUGUUUGAUCACUCUGAUAAAGAUGAGACCAUGAAUGCCCUGCAGAGCAUCCCCUACAUGAGCGGAGGAACAGCCACUGGAGCCGCCAUCAGCUACACCACCCAGAACCUGUUCAGGCGGAUGGGACCAGGCCGUAACUUCCUCAUCGUGGUGACAGACGGCCAAUCGUAUGAUGACGUCAGGCUACCGGCGAUUGCGGCAAAGGAACAAGGCAUUACCAUGUACUCAGUGGGCGUGGCCUGGGCGCCUCUUGAUGACCUCAAAUCGAUGUCGUCCGAGCCGAAGGACAGCCACUCCUUUUUCACCCGAGAGUUCACCGGCCUGGCCGAGUUCAUUCCUCUGCUGGUCCGAGGCAUCUGUCGGGACUUUACAGAGAAUAACUAAGAAAACACACACACACACACACACACACACACACACACACACACACACACACACACACACACACACACACACACACACACACUUUUGUACUUUUAUACAAACAUAAAUUAACCUACCCUAAAAUAAAUCUGAACCUUGUAAAUGGAGGAUUUUGUCCAGCUAAUACCUAGCUAGCAUUCAUGUUAUCGUUUGAAGGAAGACAUUGUCACAAAAUACUAGUCAACCCAAUAAAUACAAAUUGCAUCUAUCUGACAACAUUUCAGUUGAAGAUUUCAGCAAAAAGAAAGCCUUUUUAGGUCCAAUGACAUCACAGACAGAUACAGAUGUUGUAGUACCACCGUUUGGCCACUACGCAGAUUUGCUUCACCCAAUGGGCGAGCGUUGAAGUAAAACACAGUUUAUGUCCCAAACAUACAUUUUAGGAGUGAAAACAAGUCAAAAUUCCUCAGUUUUUAAAAAGACCCCACUUUGCAGGUAAAAGUAUACGGUCCUCACAAGGUAGACGUACAAGAAUAGACACACACACUGUAUAUAUAUACUGCUCACAUAUACUGAUUAUUACUGAUAAAUACACAUGUAUAUAAAAUACACAAAACAUAGAAAAGCACACGUUUAUAUAAUGAAGGAGAUUUUGGGAAAUCACCAAAUCAUAAAACAAUCUCAUCAUCUGUGUAACCAAAAUCAUUCACCUUUCACUAAACAGUCAGGUGUUUUUGAUUCUCUAUAAAGAUUUAUUACAAUAAACACAAAAAACGAACCACCCUUUUCCUGCAUUGUUCAAUUAAGGAGGCUACUUUAAAUAAAAUAGAUUUUUUUUAUACUAUAAACAAUUCUGAAUCUUGAAUCCAAGAGCGAGUUAUCUUAUGUUUCAGGUGAAUUUUAUACAUUUUAAUAUCUAAAAAACGAACUUUUUUGUCAACAUCAGCCAGCUUUAUGAAUGAGUAGUGACCAAGUGAAUGAUUUCAAACUUAUAAAUCAUCUUAAUGUCUAACCAAACAGCUUUCAUUACUUAUAAUGUUAUCUAAAAGGUGUCUGUUGAUCAUGAUUGAGGUUUUAUCGACAAAUAAUUCAAAGGUGCUCAGUAAACCUAUAGGUAAUGUUGUUAUUCAACAUAAUAUUUUAAGCUUGCUCUUAUAUACCAUUUCAAAACAAUCUGCAAAAUAAACAAAGUACCUGGAUGUUUCAAGAAAAAAACCUCCUUGUUAUCUUUCUCUCUUUGUUAAAUUUGUUAAGCUUCAUCAUUGCCUGUUUUGUAAUUAUCAUGAUGUAUAUUUUGCCCACAUGUCAAUUUCUGUAUUUUGUUAAACUUGAAUUUGUAUUAUUGUUUCCCUUUUUUUUUCUUUUUUCCAAGGACAGAGUUACAGCAAGGCUUCAGCGAAAAAACAGGCUUUUAAAAGUUCAGUUCCACAACAACAAAUCUUUUUAAUUAAACACAAUAUUACAAACAAUAACAAAAUCGAUUCACGGAAAUGCAAAAAACAAAUGUGUACCUACAUUGAAAUACAACGCUCUUUAGAACGGAUUAAAAAGUUCAAAUGUUCUGAAUAAACUACGUCUUUUGUGGCGUGUGGAUCGGAUCAGGGGGUCACAGGUUCAAACCCCACUGCAGUCAGCAUGUUGUUGUGUCCCUGAGACACUUCAUCCCAAAUUGCUCCUGUGGGGAUUGUCCACAGUGUUGAGUAUGGAAGUCGCUUUGGAUAAAAGUGUAACAUGUCAUGUAAACCGUAAACCUAUAAAAAAGGAUGCAUUCUGGGUUAAAAUGACCUGUAUGGUUCUUUGGUUUUGUGUCAUCCGAUUUUAUUUGUCAACAUGAUGAUCGUCAGAGGAGUUGGGCAUCAAACAUUACGAUUAAAAUAAAUAAACGAUAUGGAUUGUCUGUCUCAGUGUAAAUGAAACUGUCUGUCAUUGGGAUGUGAAAUGCUGAUUCUGUCCUUUUUCUGUAUUUAUUACCUGUUUUCUCUGUCUUUUAAUAAAAAAUAGUUAUUUUUA